AUGGCAACUUAUCUGUGUUACCUGGGCAAGGUGACAAUAGUGACUGGUGGCACCAGUGGCAUCGGCUUAGCCAUCGUAAGAGAAUUUGUUCGCCAAGGUGCCAAGGUGGUCUUCUGUUCCCUAGCAUCUGAAGCAAAAAAGGGACAGGCAAUUCAGAGGGAGCUGCAGGAUUCUGGGUGCCCAGGCGAGGCGUAUUUCCAAGUCUGUGAUGUCCGCCAGGAGACAGACAUCAAGAGGCUGAUUUUGGUAACUAUAGAACGUUAUGGAUGCCUGGACUGCCUGGUGAACAAUGUUGCAGAUUAUUAUUCUACCAAGAUAGAUGAUGUGAGUUCCAAAGACUUCUGCAGCCUCAUGGACCUCAAUGUUGUGAGCUGUUUGUUAGCAUCAAAGUACUCACUGCCCUACUUACGAGAAACGAGAGGAAACAUCAUCAACAUUGCCAGUAUUGCCAGUGUUAUCGGGGCGAAGAAUGUUGUUUCAUAUUGCGCAAGCAAGGGUGCUGUGAUCGCAAUGACCAAAGCCCUGGCCAUAGAUGAGAGCAAAUACGGAGUGCGAGUCAACUGCAUCUCACCAGCUUGUAUCUGGACUCCUUUGUUGAGAAGCGUUAUAAGUCUGUCACCAGAUCGACAGGCGGCAAUCCAGGAAAGGAAAGAUCAUCAGCUUCUGGGACGCUUUGGGACCCCUGAAGAGGUAGCCUUGGGUGUCCUGUACCUGGCUGCUGAUGGAACUUUCUGUACUGGUUUCAACCUCAUACUCAGUGGUGGAACGGAAGUCAGCUUUGGGAAGAAGAGUGAGGUGGAUCCUCAGCGUGGUCCAAGUGUGAGUGGGAGCUCUCAGGACUCCUCUCAGAAGCAACAAGAAAUGUUUGGGCCUGGUGAAGCUCAAGGGGAAAGGCAUUCCACAGGUCUGGUGGCCACCCAUAUCAUUCCAGCAGGCAUGGAGAUCAAGACUUCAGAAAUCAUCCUAACUGGGGGGCUGGACAAUAUGGGAGGAGGUGGUCUUUCAUGGAUCCCAUUUAUGGCCUUGGAGGUUAGCAAAUAUAAAGAAAAUACGAAGUUGAUGGUAGUAGAUACAGGGAGGAGAGUAAGUGGGAAAGAUAAAAUCAUGGUCAAAAGGGGAAUUCCCAUCUUCUGCUUCAAGCACUACCAGAGAAACAAUGCCGCGGAAAGGGGACAAGCAAUUCAGAGGGAACUGAAGGAUUCUGGUUGCCCAGGUGAUGCAUAUUUCCAAGUUUGUGAUGUCCGUAAGGAAACAGACAUUAAGAGGUUGAUUUUGGUAACUAUAGAACAUUAUGGAUGCCUGGACUGCUUGGUGAACGCUGUUGGAGUUUCUUAUCCUGCAAAGAUAGGUGAUGUGAGUGCCCAAGACUUCCGCAACCUCAUGCGAACGAACGUUGAGAGCUGUUUGUUAGGAUCAAAGUACUCACUGCCCUACUUACGGGAAACAAGAGGAAACAUCAUCAACAUUGCCAGUAUUGCCGGUGUUAUCGGGGCGAAGAAUGUUGUUUCAUAUUGCACAAGCAAGGGUGCUGUUAUCGCAAUGACCAAAGCCCUGGCCAUAGAUGAGAGCAAAUACGGAGUGCGAGUCAACUGCGUCUCACCAGCUGCUAUCUGGACUCCCUUUUUGAAAAAGUUCAUAAAUCAGUCACCAGAUCCAGAGGCAACAAUCCAGGAAACGAAAGGUCAUCAGCUUCUGGGACGUUUUGGGACCCCAGAAGAGGUGGCCUUGGGCGUCCUGUACCUGGCUGCUGAUGGAACUUUCUGUACUGGUUUCGACCUCAUGCUCAGUGGUGGAGCAGAAGUCGGCUUUGGGAAGAAGGACGAGGUGGAUCCUGAGCCUGGCCCACAUGGGAGUGGGAGCUUCCAGGACUCCUCCAGGAAGGAGAAAGUGGAAGCAAAAACUCCUCAGGAUUCAUUGGAUUCCUCAAAACUGGGUGACCAGAUAAAGAUGAAGAAACUGAGGCAAACGACGAGCAUGGCAACUUAUCUCCGUUACCCAGACAAGGUGGCAAUAGUGACUGGUGGCACCAGUGGCAUUGGGCUGGCUGUCGUGAGAGAAUUUGUUCGUCAAGGUGCCAAGGUGGUCUUCUGUUCACGAGCAUCAGGAGCGGAAAGGGGACAAGCAAUUCAGAGAGAGCUGCAGGAUUCUGGGUGCCCAGGCGAGGCGUUCUACCAAGCCUGUGAUGUCCGCAAUGAGACAGACAUUAAGAGGUUGAUUUUGAUAACUGUAGAACGUUACGGAUGCCUGGAUUGCCUGGUGAACAAUGUUGGAGAUGGUUAUUUUGAAGCUAUAGAUGAUGUGAGCGCCCAAGACUUCUGCAACAUCAUGGAAAUCAACGUUGUGAGUGGUUUGUUAGCAUCAAAGCAUGCACUGCCCUACUUACGGAAAACGAGAGGAAACAUCAUCAACAUUGCCAGUCUUAUCGGUGUUCUUGGGGUGAAGCACGGUGUGUCGUAUGUCUCGAGCAAGGGUGCUGUGAUUGCAAUGACCAAAGCCCUGGCUGUAGAUGAGAGCAAAUAUGGAGUGCGAGUCAACAGCGUCUCACCAGGUAACGUCUGGACUCCUUUGUGGGAAAAGUAUGCCAGUGAGUUAUCGGAUGGAGAAGGAAGAAUCCAGGAAGGCAAAUAUAAUCAGCUUCUGGGACGUUUUGGGACCCUAGAAGAGGUGGCCUUGGGCGUCCUGUACCUGGCUGCUGAUGGAACUUUCUGUACUGGUUUCAACCUCAUCAUUGGUGGUGGAGCAGAAGUCGGCUUUGGGAAGAAGGACGAGGUGGAUCCUAACGCUGGCCCAAGAACGAAAGGGUGUGCCCCGAACUCCUCUAGGAAGUAA